AGGGGUCUGUUAAGUGAGUACAAUUAUACAAAGAAAGUGGAUUUCCAAAACAAGACCAACAAUCAUAGCAUAGACAUAGCAGUAAACUUCCCUUCACGGAUUUUGCUGAUUUUCGUUUUAAUAAUUUAUCUGGAGGGCUUAGAGACGUAUUUAAUGUUUGAAACUAUUUUGAUCACCGACCAGUUCAGUCAAACAAGAUUUAUACGUCGGAUUUUAUUUUGAAGGUUCCAACCAGAAACAAUAUUGUGUUAUAGACGAUCUUGAAAAAGGGCAGAACUGGGCCAUAACAACCACCCAAGAAGGCGCUGAGCUACUACGGAGGAAAUACGGUGCCAAAACUGAGAACAAAACCAUCCAAGAUUAAUUCUUAGUCGCCACAAACGCCGGGACUUCGCCUGAAAGUCAUCGCAAGGGGAACCCGAGUGCUCACUGGGGAUUAAACGCAGAAGCUAACGUCGAAUCGUGCGUAAACGAGCGGAGUUGGAAAAAGAAGGUGUUGAGCUGCAAUUUUUUUUCUCUCGCUCAGCCAGGGACAACUUGGGUCGGAGUGCUCCUUUUUUCUUUUCUUUUUUGGGUCAACGGCGAGACGAAGAUAAAGAUAGCUGCCGAACGACUGCCGCCCACGCCGACAUUUUGGGCAUGGGAGGUGGAUGAUGGGGCUCUGGGAACUCUUCAGAGGAUCUGUGGCAGACAUGCAACGGAGGACUGAAGGGAGAGCCAUCGCCUGAGUAGAAUGACUCGGCAAGAGGGUGGGACCCCCAUGUAGCAAGUCAAGAUACGUGAGGAUGGGUGCCAAUGGAUCGAGCUAUCCACACUCAUGCUCCUCGCGCAUGGGAGCCAACGCACAGACGCAACAGACCUUUAUUGGGACCUCGUCCUACUCACAGCAAGGAUAUGCUUGGGAGUCCAAGCUUUACAGCCUGGAGCAUGGCCACGAGCGGCCCACCGAUAGGAAAAAGAAAAGCCUCGGCCUGGCUACUCUCAAACGGCGGUUCAUCAAACGAAGAAAGUCCAGUCGCUCAGCAGAUCACGCUCGGCAAAUGCGGGAGCUGCUGUCUGGCUGGGAUGUCCGAGACACUAAUGCCCUGGUGGAGGAAUAUGAGGGAACAGCGGCACUCAAGGAGCUGAGCUUCCAGGCCAGCCUUGCACGAACGGAGGCCCCCAACUUGCCCAGGGAUCUGGCUGCCCUUUAUCAGCAUAAGUACUGCACUGACGUGGACCUCAUCUUCCAAGGAACUUGCUUCCCAGCGCACCGGGCCAUUCUGGCUGCUCGCUGCCCGUUCUUCAAAACUCUGCUGUCCUCAUCCCCUGGCUAUGGAGCGGAAGUCCACAUGGACAUUGACACAGCAGGCAUUGAUGUGCCCAUGUUCUCUGCGCUGCUCCAGUACUUAUACACCGGAGAAUUCGGAGUGAGUAGCUCAGAGGAUUCCAGGCUGCAGAAUGUGGACGUGCUGGUGCAGCUCAGUGAGGAGUUUGGCACGCCCAACUCCUUGGAAGCAGAUAUGAAGGGCUUGUUUGACUACAUGUGCUAUUACGAUGCCCUACUAAGUUUCUCUUCAGACUUUGAAAUGGUCGAGAGUUUCAAUGAGCGUGGUUCUGGAGCACCAGCCUCCAUCUCAGGAGGUGGUGUAGGACCAGGCACCCCAGAUGAGGACCUACGAGCUCAUAAGGCUAUUCUCUCUGCACGGUCCCCUUUCUUUAGAAACCUUUUGCAGAGGCGCAUUCGUACCGGAGAGGAAAUGACUGAGCGCACGCUGCAGACUCCGACCCGUAUUGUGCUAGAUGAGUCGAUCAUUCCUCGCAAAUAUGUGCAGGUGAUUCUCCACUGCAUGUACACAGAUGUGGUAGAGCUGGGACUGGUUCUACGUGGUAGCCACUCCACAGGCAGCCUCGGGGAGGUACAAGCCUUGGUGUCAGGGGGGCGGGGGGCCAGUACGCGCACAGAGGAGGCCAUGGAGCUCUACCAUAUUGCUUUAUUCUUUGAAUUCAACAUGCUGGCACAAGGCUGUGAGGACAUUAUUAUAGAAAGCCUGUCUCUCGACUCGCUCGUGCCCAUCCUCAAGUGGAGCUCUCAACCUUACGGCUCCAAGUGGGUACACAGGCAGGCCAUGCACUUCCUCUGCGAGGAGUUCAGUCAGGUUGUCACCUCAGAUAUUCUUUAUGAGCUCAGCAAGGAGCAUCUUCUCAGUGCAAUCCAGUCAGACUACCUACAGGCCAGUGAACAGGACAUUCUCAAGUAUGUUGUUAAGUGGGGCGAGCAACAGCUUAUUAAGAGGAUGGCAGACAGGGAGCCAAAUCUGUUGAGCGGCACAGCCCACAGUGUCAACAAGCGAGGAGUAAAGAGAAGAGACCUAGAUGUUGAAGAGUUGAAGGACAUCCUGUCCCCCCUCCUGCCUUUCAUUCGCACUGAGCACAUUUUGCCUCCACACAGCGACAUCCUCACUGACGCGCUCAAAAGAGGUUUGUUAAGUACCCCUCCGUCAGAUAUGCUGCCAAUGGUCGAGGGUGGGAAAGCCAAUGCUUGGUUGAGGCAGAAGAACGCUGGCAUCUAUGUGCGUCCUCGCCUCUUCUCUCCUUAUGUAGAAGAGACAAAGUCGGUGCUGGAUGAAAUGAUGGUGGAGCAGACUGAUCUAGUGCGUCUACGUCUCGUGCGCAUGUCCAACGUCCCAGACACCCUCUACAUGGUUAACAAUGCCGUGCCACAGUGCUGUCACAUGGUCAACCAUCAUCAGAUGACCGUAAACUCAGUUGCUGCUCCAUCAGUUGUAGCCAAUGAAAUCCCAGUGCCUCAGCUCUCGGUGGUGAAGGCGAUGAUCCGCAGGCUACAGGAACUGAGACACACAGAGCAAGUGCAGCGAGCAUUCGCCCUCAACUGCGGAGAGGGCGCCACUGUCAGCUAUGAGCUUCAGUUGCGAGUGCUUCGGGAGUUCGGUCUGGCCGACGGAGCCACCGAACUUCUACAGAACCCAUCCAAGUUCUUUCCUGAUGAACGUUUCGGAGAUGAGAGUCCGAUUCUGGCUCUGCGCCAGGUGGGUCGAUGUCGUGUAAACAGCAGCCCAGCCAUGGAUAGCAUGUUCACAGAGCUGGAGGGCGUAGCAGGCUUCCACCUGCCCCUACCUCCCCCACCACCCCCGUACCACCCCCCCGCUACACCCAGCCAUGCUCAGCUCAAAGGAGCCUGGCAUCCCCGCGUUCCCAUGCCAACCCCCACCCGUUCCUUUUCCUAUCCCUGCAACCGCACCCUGAGCCAGCGCCAUACGGCGGCCAAGAAUGGCGGCUCGGACUUCUCCUUUGUGCCCAGACCCCAGCCCCCAGACUCCACUGAACCACAAGCUAUGGGCCGAGCCUUGCUUUCUGAACAGCAAGCGAUGGGUAUGGAGCCUGUUAUGAGGGAGUUUAUGCCUGACAUCGCACUGGGCGUCUCGGUCAUGUCGCUGAGGGAGAUGGACCGUGAAAGCCCGCACAGCCCCAUGGGUCCACCAGGCCAUCAUCUGCCCCACGCUCCCUGCCCAUCUAUCCGCCACAGCCACGGCCCUGGACACGGACACUCUUGCAAGAGACAUGCUCCUGAGCCCAAGCUGGAGGUGCAACCAGAGUUCCCCGAUUUGUACGACUUCUCCCGUCGACCUUCAUCACCGGCCUCUGCGCACCCUCUUUCCACAUUUGCAGGACCGGACCUCUACAGCCACAACUGCACUCCCUCCGGAACCUUUCAACCCCCCUACAUCACUGACUCUCAGUCCCAGGGCCACACACAGGGACGGACUGGCUCAGACCCGCUACGGUUAGAUGUUCUCGGUAUGACCUCUCAGAGGCAUGACUCAGUUAGUCCAUCGGGGCCGCAGACCAGGGUGGGACAUGUGCAGAGAGUGCGCUCAAAUGAGACGGACCUGACUCAUGGCCUUGGCCACCUGCGCUCUCCCAGCGGAAACAUGGACUGCUACGAGGAGAGAAUGGGUGGAGCUAGAGACGCCCCAGAGGAGAUGGUUGUUACUGGAGAGUCCUCUGGCCUGGGGUCCCUACAGCAGCCUCACAGGAACAGUGUCAGCGAGGACAUUGCCAGAGACCGCAGGUCACCCAGCAAGCCUGACUACCCGUACAAAAAAUCUGCACUUUAACCCCAGCAAUUGAGUUAAGAAAAGGGAAUGACUGACAGCCCAUUAUAUAGAAUGGUCAAGCACUAAGUGAGUGAGUGAGUAUGUGUGUGUGUGUGUGUGGUGUGUGUGUGUGUGUGUGUGUGUGUGCGUGCGCGCGCGCGCACGUUCAACAGAAGCAUGGGUAGAGGUGAUUGCUACUUAGAGGAUGUCCUUUUUGUCCUACCUCUGCCACUGGGCUCCAUCCAUCACAGUCAGAGUCGGCGAGGCAAAUGAGCAUCCCCUCAAGGUGACUAGUUUGGAUGGGUCCGCAUGCCGAUCUGUUGCUUGAGUCAGUACCUUGUCAAUUGUCCGGGUCACAACACUCAAUGUAGCUCAGUUGUCAAGUGGUAGUCCAACAAAGACUCCAUUCAUUUGGAUGAUUGUCAGAUGGCAGGAUAACAUUGUCCAUUUACAAAAAGGCCUCACAGUUGGAGGAGGAGAGCAUUGUGAUAAAAAUCAUAUGUAAAUGUCCCCUUGCCUUCUUCCGUUGUUUUUCUGUUGCAUCCCAUGCGACUGUUUUCUACUGUGCUGGUUCUGGCUCGGAUACAAAGCUGAAAUUGGAUCUGACAGGAAGUAGGUCAUGGGAGCUUGUCUUUCUCAGUCCCCGAUAACUGCCAUGUCCAAAUUAUCACAGCGACACGUUCACAGGAGUUCCCAGUAGGUUAGAGGUUUUGAGCAGGUUCAAGUUGUCUCUUAGAAUUCUAUUAUUUUAGUUUUUGUUUUUUUAAGUGAGCGCAUAGAAAAAUUAAAUCCUUUCUGCACUGUUUUAUAGAUAAAUCCAUUUUUCUGUAACCCUUAUCCUCACUAACGUCGCUGGAACCUAUCCCAUCUGACUUUGAGCAAGAGGUGAGGUACACCCUGGACUGUUUGCCACCCAGUCACACUCCCGACAACCAUUUACACUCAUGAUCACACCAAUUUAGUCUUCACGUAACCCAAGAAGCACGGUUUUAGAAAAUGAGCGUAAGGUGGAAUACCUGCAGAAAACCCACACUAACGUGGGGAAAACAUGCAAAGCUGCACCAGAAGGCUGGAGUCUGUAUUUGAUUCACCCAGGCUCAGCUGUCACAUAGACAAACCUAAAGAGUAUGUUUAUUGCUGACCUGCAGCAGUGGGUGGCAUGCGCUAUCAGAUUCGUGUUGGGGUUAUUUGUUGAUGCUGCCAAGCACGCGUGUCUGCCUGCAGCUUUAUGCAUGCACACUUGCACACACAAGUGGAGUGACAAUCUCAGUACUGUACGCUCACAUUUUUCAGCCUGGUCUGUUUGUACAUAUCAGAAGGAGCACAGUGGUCAUGUGCUUGCAGACUCUUGUCCUAAUCUUAUAGCAUCAAGUAAUCAAAUAACACCUUAAGCAGUACUUGAAAUAUUACAUUUCAUUUACCUUUAAACUCAGUUCUCUAUGAUGUCAACCAAUGCAAACCACUGACUAAUUCCCCUGUUUCCUAACAUUCAUUAAGCCAAGGCACAUACUGUAUUUUACAUUAGAAAAAUUUCACAACAUGGACAAAUUGACUUACCAAGUGUGAAAUCUGCGCUUGUAUAGUAGAACAUGGUUAUUCUAUUGUAUGAAUGGCAGCGGGUGGAUACACAAUUUAAGUGUAUUUUCUGCCUUCUAAUGGAAGAUUGGUAGUCACUCUAUGUUGCCAGUAUAGAUAUAUGAACAAAGAUAUGUAAUUUGCAAUCUUCUAAAAAAAUCCAGCUCAGAUGAUGGAUGGAUGG